AUGAACUUUGGCCAAAGCCACAAGUAUAAAUACGGCGAAUACACAAAAGAAAUAUCAUUCGAGAUCCUGGACCUCUUCUACAGCGAAUUCGGAAAUCUUCUGGACACGGCCAAAGGGUACCACAACGCGACCGAGUACUCCACGCCGUCCGUUGUGGGCCACUCGGACGAGAUCCAUUCCAACUACUACGGUAACAGCACCAAGUCGAUGAAGCUUUCCCUUGAAGCCUCUCUCAAUAAGCUACUCACCAGCUAUGUCGGCAUUUUGUACAUCCUCUGGUGGGACUACACCACGUCGAUCCCCGAGCUCCUAUACGCCCUCAAUUAUCUCGUGGCAUCCGGAAAGGUCCUAAGGUCCUGUACCUGGAUACCUCCUGGCCACAACUUCCGCCACUCCAAGCCGCUAGAAAGAACCGUACAGCAGGUUAUCCGCAAGCUCACGUCUCUGCUGGUACCAUGUUCAAGUAUAUGUGCCGUCGUCACUGCGAAGAAAGGUGAUCAACCAGACCAUGUGCCAUAUGUCACUCUCAUCAUCGGCUAA